GGUGGGUUAGAUUGUCGACAUUUGUUAGCCAAUAUAAAAGAUCGACCCUACCGAGUCGAAUCUCUAACCACUAUCUGUACACCUCACCGUGGCUCACCUAUCAUGGAUUGGUUCAGAGACAAUAUGGGCCUUGGUCGUCGUCAUUGUACAGAAUAUACCAAAUCAAAUUAUUCUUCUCCUUCCUGGUCACCACAAGCCAACACAUCCGUCAUGACUUCCAGACAAAAUCUUCAACGCCAUGCCAAUACAACUAAUGCCUAUACACAUUCAAAUCCUGCCAACUAUAUCACUCCUGCAGUAGCUCGACUCCAGGCAUGGACGGAUAAAGUGAUUACAAAAUAUUUAGACGAGCCGGCCUAUGCUCAUUUAACUACUGAUUUUUGCAACAACUACUUUAAUGAAAACACACCAAAUGAUCCGACAGUUCAAUAUUACUCUUAUGGGGCAGCUGCUCAAUCACCUGUAUGGUGGUCCUCUAUGCUAAGUCUUCCGUGGCAGAUGGUGUAUGAAAAGGAAGGAGAUAAUGAUGGAUUUGUUAGUGUAAAAAGUGCAGCCUGGGGUAAUUAUGUGAAAACGAUUGAAGAUGCAGAUCAUUGGGAUUUUACAGGCAAGAGGUAA